AUCUCAAUUAAACGGAAUGGCCGUCUGAUAUGUCAAAAGAAAAGCAACUAUUUUGUGAAAUAUGUGGAAAAGGCUUCAAAACAGCAAGUCAUUUGAAGAUGCAUAUGAGAAUUCAUACUGAAGAAAAACCACACUCUUGUAGGAUAUGUGGAAAAUGUUUUGCAGUAUCCAGCAGUCUGAAUGUUCAUAUACGAACUCAUACCGGAGAAAAACCAUAUUCAUGCCAAAUAUGUGGCAGAUGUUUUGUGGACAAAAGUGCUGUGAAUGCUCAUGAACGAAUUCAUACAGGAGAGAAGCCAUAUUCCUGCAAAAUAUGUGGUAAAUGUUUUACGCAAGCAUUUGGUUUGGAUCGGCAUAUCAGAGGAAUACAUACUGGUGAAAGGCCAUGCUCUUGUGAUAUAUGUGGGAAAUGUUUUUCCAAUACUGGAUAUUUGAAACGUCAUGUGCAAAUUCAUACAGGGGAAAAACCAUAUUCCUGUGAGGUAUGCGGGAAAUGUUUUUUGCGAUCCAGUGAUUUGAAGCGUCAUAUGCGAAUUCAUACGGGAGAUAAACCAUAUUCCUGUGAGAUAUGUGGAAAACGUUUUACACAAUCCAGUUAUUUGAAACGUCAUAUACAAAUUCACACAGGGAAAAAAUAUUCCUGUAAAAUAUGCGGUAAAUGCUUCACACAAUCUAGUAAGUUGAAUGCGCAUAGGAGAAUUCAUACAGGAGAGAAGCCAUAUUCUUGUGAAAUUUGUGGCAAAUGUUUAUCACAAUCAGGUAAUUUGAACACACAUAUGCGAAUCCAUUCAGGUGAUAAGCCUUAUUCUUGUGAGAUAUGUGGCAAAUGUUUUUCACAAUCAGGUAAUUUGAACACACAUAUGCGAAUCCAUCCAGGUGAUAAGCCUUAUUCUUGUGAAAUAUGUAGCAAAUGUUUCACACAAUCUAGCAACUUGAAUGAACAUAUGAAAAUUCACACUAGAUAAAACCUAAAUGUAGAGAGUGUUCCAUGGAAAAAGACAAAAUGAAAAUCUAUGUGCGAUGACAACAGCGGAAAAAAUAUGACUAAAUUCAUUCUGGAGGAUACGCAGAUGCAAGUUUGAUAUGUGUGAAUAAUGAUUUUCACUUUUCUUGUCCAUAUAAACAAAAUAUUAAAUUUUGGCAAUUGUGUCUCUGUAUCCAACUGUAUAGUAGGUAGGUUAUGUAUGUUUUGCUUCUAUAAGGUCAUUAAACUCAUUUCAUUCUAAUUGACUCACAUUUAUUAUGUUUUCGUGGUAACAACAGCACGAUUAGCUCGACGAUAUGAG